ACUUGUUAUAUCAGUUCCUUUAAGGAUGUCGAAGUUUUGUAGUUCCUGGGUUCUUGACCUGUCAGCGUUGUAGUACAAGCUGUCACUGCUGAUACUUUUUCUGUCCUUCUCUUUUCGGCUAAUAAUACAACGAGUCGCAUUGCGUCGGCAACGAGUCGCGUUGUCCGUAACGAAUGUACUGUCGUUGACGGUGUCAUUUUACCAGAGAGCUAACUGCUAAAGUUAGCUAACAAGCCGACUAGCUUAGCAGCUAGCUUGCUCACUAGCAUUUGACAUUAGCAGCGUUAGCUAGCUUCUUUGCUUUUAGCAAGCUAGCAGCACGAAGCCGCCCACUCCUGCUAAGCAGCGUUCCAGAGAAUGGAGAAAACUAUGGAGGCUCAAAGCUCCAGCGGGCUGGUGCUGUCCAGAAAAAGGAGGAGGGAGAGCUCCACUCGGGAGACCGAAGAGGGGGAGCGGCUUGGGAAAAUCCCCAAAUGCACUGUGGGACUGAAGAACCCUGCACCUUUUGCAGACGAGCUGUUGCCUGUUGACCCUAACGCCUAUAAGAGAGUCAGCAUGGAGGAGGCUAAGAAGGGAACACAGGCGAACAGGCCGGUGCGGGUGUAUGCGGACGGCAUCUUUGAUGUUUUCCACUCGGGUCACGCCAGAGCGCUCAUGCAAGCUAAACGCCUCUUCCCAAAUACACACCUCAUCGUGGGAGUGUGCAGCGAUGACCUGACCCACAAAUACAAGGGCUUCACAGUGAUGAACGAGGAUGAGCGAUACGAUGCCAUCCGACAUUGCCGCUAUGUUGAUGAAGUGGUGCGGGACGCUCCCUGGACGUUAUCGCCAGAGUUUCUCAUAAAGCAUCGUAUUGACUUUGUGGCCCAUGACGACAUCCCGUACUCCUCAGCAGGCAGUGAUGAUGUGUACAAGCACAUAAAGGACGCUGGUAUGUUCGCUCCCACCCAGCGGACAGAGGGCAUCUCCACCUCUGACAUCAUCACACGCAUAGUCCGAGACUACGACGUGUACGUCAGACGCAACCUGCAGAGAGGAUACACAGCGAAGGAACUAAACGUCAGCUUCAUCAAUGAGAAGAAGUACCACCUGCAGGAGCGCGUGGACAAGGUGAAGAGGAAGGUGCGUGACGUGGAGGAGAAGAGCAAAGAGUUCGUCCAGAAGGUGGAGGAGAAGAGCAUCGACCUGAUCCAGAAAUGGGAGGAGAAAUCCAGGGAGUUCAUCGGCAACUUCCUGCAGAUGUUUGGGCCUGAGGGAGCUCUGAAGCACAUGCUGAAGGAGGGGAAGGGCCGCAUGCUGCAGGCCAUCAGCCCGAGGCAGAGCCCCAACAGCAGUCCCACCCGCGAGGAGCGCUCUCCCUCUCCCACCUUCCGUCUCCCCUUCUUCACCAAGACCUCCCCGCCUCCCUCGCCUGACCCCCACCACAGCGGGGCCCGCGGGUACCUCAUCAGCGAGGAUGACGACGAGGACGAUGAGAACUAGAGCAUGUCAGAUUAAGUGGGCCGUCGACUAGUGCGCUUUUCAUUAAGCUCCUGCUUCCAUUGGUUUUGUUUUAAGAUUUAACUCUUAACAGUGUCCUGUUAAAUGUAGCAAGCGGUUUCUGCACGGCUUUUUGUUUUUUAACUUUGUGGGGGGGGAGGGUUGUGUAUUGGUCAGUAAAAGUUACCACUAGUCUUUUUUGGUGUUCAGUUUAUCAGUUUCUCACUGACCCUUUUUUUUAGGAAUAUUUGCAGGCCUUGCACACUCAGUUGCACUGCUCCAACAGUGACGGUAUUCUUAAUGUUGGCGUCGUAGUAAGAAAGGUUUUUUUUUUUUUUCUUAUUUGUCGUGGCGGGAGGGCUCGCAGGUUUUCUGUGGGGGAGCUCACCGAGGCUUGGGAAGUUUUUCAAAGCGGGACUGAAACUGCACAUUUAAAUGGUCAACUGAUGUGGGUAUAUUCUGCUUAAUCUAACAAAAUAACAUUUGUUAAAUGUAAUUCCAGAUUGCGUAUUUUAACAGCAGCUUUGUCCCAGGUGUGUGUAAGUGCAUGUGAUGUUUCUGCGUGCGUCGGCAUGUUCACAUGUCUUCUGUCAACCGAUGGUUGACAGCUUCAGUUUGGACUUUACUGUAUUUGGUAAAAAAAAAACGUCUUUUAGAGCUUUUGUCUGCUGACAAAUCCAUUUUUGAAGACUAGUUAAACGGACGCCGUUCUUGUGGCGUAAAAAGAAAAUUCUGCUACGACUCAUUUAAAUGUUGUAGUACCACUUAUUUUUGUAGAUCUAUUAUCUGUAAUCUCUAUCUUCUUGAGCAAUGAAUCAAAAUAAGGAUGUGAUUUUUCUUGCCAAUGUAAUGCAGAUCUGUACAGAAGUACUCAUAUUCACAAGAUACAUCAGUGAAAACUUUUAGAAAAUAAAGUUUUAAUGCAUCAGCACACCAGAGAACUCAAACACCCUAUUGGUCAUAAGCACACAUUUUUGUAUUUCAUCAUAUGAUGUACAAGAUGUAUUUUGGCAGACUGUCACGUAGUGGUGGGAGGAGCUUAGAUUUACAUAUCAGAUCAACAUUUUUGUAGCUACCUCCUUAGUUUCCUGAGAUGUGCACAAAUGAGCAUUUUUCUGAACCAUUGAAGUAAAUGUGAACUUUUCUGGCCUCUGAAUCCACCUCCACUGAUUAAUGCAUGCGUUGUCUCCUUAGUUACCAGAGAACAUCACAGGUGAUCUGAAGAUGCAAUUCUGUUGAUACUGUGACUUCAAUGUACAUGUUGACAGAUGUUGGAUUAUUCAGUCCUAGGCUUGGUUUCCCCAAAACUUAUGGCUGUGGAUCUGAUUUUAACAUUGGGAAAUAAAUGUUUUCCACAGAUAAAUUCUUCCGUUCACAAAUCCAGCUGUGAUUUGAUGCUCAGCCACCUCUGGGAACAGUCGCCUUGAUUCUUGUGGAAUCAGUUCCUUCAACUCUGUAAAUGUCUCAGCAUGUCCACGAGAUCAAGGUGGCAAAGACUUGAGUGACAAGCCAAUAACAGCCACCACUGCAAGAUACAAAUGUAAAUGUUUAUAGUUUUAAAUGUCUUAUUUUGGAGUUCCUUUGUUUAAUGUCCUGAAUGUAGAGGUUGGGGCAAGAUCAGAACAAUUAAAGCAUUUCAGCCAAA